CCCUGAAGAUGGAGGAAGGACUACUGAGCCAAAUGAGCAAAGCAAACGAGAUAGGGCUCGAAGCCCUGACGGCCCAGAGACUGCACAGCCGGCCCAGGAGCAGGUACGCCCCCUCGAAGGCGGCGUGGCCUCUGCGACCUUCCUGCGGGCAGCUCCCGGGAGCAGGAGCGGCGUGGCCUCUGCGACCUGCCUGCGGGCAGCUCCCGGGAGCAGGAUCUCAACCUUGGCGCUGUCCCACUCCCGUCGGCGCUGAGGUCCCCCGCCUCCCUUUCCACCCCCGGCUCUCCAGCCCGGGACUGCCAGCGGCGGGAGUGGCAGCCGGGAAAGGGACUCCCUACUCACCCGCCUCCGCCCGCCGAGCGCAGCUCGCCGAGGCCCAGCGCGCCUGCUCUUCCCGGAAAACAGCAGCGACCGGGACGUCGGAACCCCAGUAGGCACCGGGAGGGGAAGGGUCAGGCUGUC